CCAAAGGCUGUGGUAAGACAAUGGUGUGUCAUGAAAAUACUUUUGAGACCCUGUCCAUUUCAGUCUUCUUGCUUGGAGACUUUAAAACUUCAAGUAAAGCGACAGCAGGACUCAUUAAUUCCAUGUCCAAAGGCUGUGGUAAGACAAUGGUGUGUCUCCGGUUCGUGAAGUAGGUGAAAACUAUGGGAGACUGUCACAAAUACUACUGUUAUGAGAAAAGGAAAAAAUGUUGUAGUAAUAAUCUUUACAUUCUUAGACAAACUAUUUAAAGCCUUCAUUAGAAUCAUAUCUCUUUGUUAGACUGCAAUGGCUCUCUCUGUAUGCUACUCUUCUUUUCUUUCUUAUCUUCUUCUUUUCGUUCUCUUGUCUCGUAAGUCUAGCUCAAUUUCUCACCACCACCACCACCACCACCGCCACCAUGAACUCAAAUCUAUCCAUUUUACUCUCUUUCAACACGAAACCAUAAAUAAAACAGCAUAUCUUAUAGUGAAUGGUGUUGCAGGACCAGCCAUAAGCCAAACCACGACCCCUUUUGGCACCUUAUAUGUGUUCCAAGAUCCCUUAACUCUAAAAGCCAACUCAAACUCAAAGAUAGUUGGGACAGCUGAAGGAACAUCGAUAACAUCCUCGUUGAACGGACUGCAGAGCAUAUCUGUUGCUAAGAUCACUUUGAAGAUGAAGUAUUACAAAGGCUCAAUAUCAGUUGUGGGAGGCACACACAAUACAAAGCCAUCUAACCAUCCUGUUGUCGGAGGCACUGGUGAUUUUCUGUUUGUUCAAGGUUACGUGACAUCUUCUCCAGUGGAUCUGUCUGGGAUCACUGUUACUUAUAAGAUCCAGUUUCACCUCUAUUGGCCUCCCUAUGCCAUUCCAAGUCAUUCCAUCUGAUGGUGACUUUUAAGGAUUAGCAAUAACUGAAGCGUGAUGGGAUGGCCUUAAAAGAGAGAUUCACCAACUAAUGACAUAUCCCGAAGCGUGAUGGGAUGGCCUUAAAAGAGAGAUUCACCAACUAAUGACAUACCCCAUAAUAACCUUUCUGCUGUGCAGCAAUAAAAUAUCAUUCUAUAAUUAUUUUCUCUUUUUUAAUCUAUCUAAUAUUCUUUUACUAAAUUUACAGAUAAUUUCAUGUGAACUCGUGUUUUUUGCCCCGUUAUCCAAGUUUAAGCAUAAAGAGGAGGAUU